UCACAAGUUUGAUGUUUCGCUUCUAAAUGAAUUGUGCGUGUCCGAGUGUUUCCCGCCUUAUCUCAGUGGCAGUGGGGAUUCAGCCCAAAGGUGGGCUCGAUAUCCACCUGUAUGGUACGUCUUACUCACAGUCCACAGACUGUUGGCCUUUUCAUGCUGUUUUACUUCAUGUGCUCUGUCUAUUUAUUUGAAGCUUCUGUGAGGAUCAAUGUUGCACUUGUUCCACACCUCCAAACUUCAGCCUUCAGCCUGGCUGUAUUUUCUGCCUCCAGUAACUCCAGACACGUUCACUGACUGCGUUAAUGAGCUGUAUGUUUUUCUGGCAGGUGCACCCAUCAUCCCUCGCUUUACUUUUAGGCUCCUUCUGCUUAGAAACCUGUGCCGUAUGGAGAACAAAGCGCAGUGACUGUGCAGCAUUUCAUUUUGAAACCGAGUGUACUGGGCGUCCUGUCCUUUUGAAAUCAGUCAGGCUAAAAGUUCUGAGUUAUCAUGAGGUGUCAUGUAAACAAACCCUAAGCUAGGUGUGUCCUCCUCCUCCUACUCCUCCUCCUCCGCAGUUGUUCACAGCCGAACCACCACGGUUGCUGUGGUCUCGCCAAGUCCUGACAUGGUUUGCUGCGUCCAACCUGAGGCCCACGGCAAAUGAGGGCAGGAUCGGUCCGCAGAUGGACUCCAGGGUGGACGCAAUGCUGCAGGCGGGGCUAGUGGCAGGGAGUGCUCUGCUGCUAGUUCUCGAAAGUGCGUCGGCCCAAGAAACCAGCACAGUGCCUAGCUUAACUAAUACCACUACAACCCCCACGCUUCCAGGACCUGACAUUGUGGCGAUUGUGGUGCCAAUCGUGGUGGUCUUGGUUGUGCUAGUGGUGGUAGGGGUAUUGGUCUUUCUCUUCUGUGUGGUGAAAAAGAAGAGGCAGACGGAAGGAACCUACAGACCAAGUGCUGAGGAGCAGACGGGAGCACGGAGCGUGGAGGCGCCUAACGCUCUCAAAUUGCCGAAGGAGGAGAGACUCAUCUGACACUGUAGAGCACAGUGUGCCAAUACAGCCUGCUUUCAGUCCGAGGAUAUGAUGUCGCCUGGCCCUCGCACACCGUUAAGAUGGUUCUCUUCAAGUUCUCUUCUUAACGCAGUAGUUUAGUGAAAAAUCGAUGGUACUCAAUUCUCACCUCACUACAAAUGUAGUCGAUCAACCAAGACAAAGUUUGGUGUCUGAAGUUUGCUUCUUUAGUCCCGUGGAUAAUGUAGAACUUGAAGUAUUUGUCAGAACCUGACAGACAAGAUGUAACUUUUAGCAGGUUUUACCCUGCAUUUCCUCCUGCUUUAGAUUCCUUUUCCCUACUUUCAUUACCUUAAAACAAUUUUUAAUCUGGAAUGCCGGAUUUGCUCACUUGUGUUGUUGACAGAAUUUAGCUUGUGAGCAAAUGGAUACCCAAGUAGUAAAACAACAAAUUGAUUAAGAGUACACAGGUCAGUGCGGCCAAAAGAUAUUUAUAUAUGUUCAAUAUAUUCUAUCUAAUAUGUUCUAUAUUUAGAAAUAGAGUUUAAGCAGGUGAAACGAGUUGCUAUAUCAGCACUGCACAGCAUGAGAACAGUGCAGUAUGGAAUGUUUACCAGACUAAAAACAUUUAUUUACUGGUCUAGUGAUGGCUGUUGUUGUUGCUACAUGGUAAUUUGACAAUAGUUUAACCACUAUCAUUAGAAAUACCAGGUUUUAUUUGGCAUUUUAGAUAAUGAUGGGCCAGUUCAGGUGAUUUUUUAGACAGGAUUUUGUUGAGCUCGGGUCAGUUUUGGACCCAAAACUUAAUAAUGUAGGCAGAAAAAUCUCAGGCUAUGUUUGGGAUUGGACCAAAAUUUUGGGCUUGAUUAAAGCUGUGCACCAAGGGUUCCCAACCUUCCCGACCACAAAAGCUUCUGUGACCCACUAAACCAGCCUGAUCAUUUCAAAUACAGUCAAAAUCAUUAUCAAAUUUCAUGUGACUGUGUAAUCACGAUAACAACCGUAUUAUCAAUCUGAAAACAAAACGUUUGUAGCCACUUACUCAUCAUGUUCUAUACAAAAAAAGAGAAAUGUUUGACUUGCAUUCAAAUAUAAAACAUAACUAGCUAUCUAUUGAACUCAUUUUCAUCUAAAUAUGUUUAAUUAUCACAAGAAUAUUUUCAAAUAUGGGCAGCCCCCUCGGGGUACAUUGGGUUUAAAACCACUCCUCUAGGCUAAUGUAGCUAACAAGCAAUGAAAACCUAUACUCCCCAGUUAGCACUGUGCUAAAUCACACACUUGCCUUAACCGUGUCAAAUUGUAAUCUCAAACAGGCUUAUUAUACUAUGACUUUGUGAUGUAUCGUUAUCUUUAAUGACCUAAAAUACAUUGCACAGCUUAAACAGUGGUAGCUACAAUAUUAAAGUCUGUACUUUUUGUAUCAGAAUCAGAAUCAAGCUUUAUUGGCCAGGUAUGCUACGCAUACAAGGAAUUUGGUUUUGGUUACAGGAGCUCACAGAGCACAGUAUCAGACAGACAUUCACAUGUAGGGAAUAAGAUAUUUUAUAUUUUAUAACAAGAUAAAAUAAAACCUGCAUUCCUACCAUCACUCACACACACCGUGUAUAAUUACUUCACUACAAUAGCCUUGUAGCUCUAGUGCAAAACUAAAGAAGUAAACUUGAGGUACCAAACAUGUUUUGGCUCAUCAGCUACAUGUGAAACAAAGGCAGAAUUGUGGAAACCUGAUUUUUUGCUGAAUGAAUUUACUUUUGAAUGAAUCAUAUAACGACACGGGUGUGCCUGAAAGAAGUUGAUGGCUAGAAGUGACACAACACUGAAAGCACAUGGCUCCACUCUGGAUGAACUAAACCACACCUUAACACCCCUCCUACAGCUUUACUCUGAAAACACACCAUCAGACUCUCCAUGAAACACUGAACAGACCUUAGCUGCAGCAAGGCACGAUUCUGCCUAAGCGGUUAACUGUCCUGCUCUGAACAGAAAAAGACCAAAUCUACCCAUGAAGCAGAGGGUAAGAUGGCUUUUAUAAGUGCAUUGGAGCGGUAUUACCCUCGACAACCUGAGACACUUUUGAGUGUGUUGUUCUUAAGGUACACUGUCUUUAUAUUUCUGUUAAAAGUCUUGAUUGAGAUUUGUCUUGCCUGCUGCUGAAUGAGUUGUAAUUCAAAUUCUAUUUUUUUAUAUAUAGUGUUAAACCGUUGUAUGAUUUCAUGAUUAUCAAAAUGCCCUUAUACUAUGGGAAAGUUUUUAUAGCUAGGUUAGUGUUGUUGAUGCUGGAACCACUAUCGUCGGAGAUGAUCUGAACAGCUUUAUAUUUACCAGGAGUGAUUAUUUACCUCAGUUUUUAUCCAUGGAAUGAGUGCAACACUGAUCAUGCUGACACUCCUGCAGUAAUGACCUGCAUCUAGGCCUCACACCUCACUAAUCAAACACAUAAUGAAUAUACUUGAAUUAUUUCCUUAGCACUAACUUCUGGUUUAAAAUUGCGAUGAUUUUAUUAUUUAAUCCCCAUCAGUGACCUCAAUGUGCAGCCAUGAUCAAUGUGUGUACUGUACAGUCAGCAUUUGGACAAGCAGUCGGAUCAAAUAUUUCCAUCAUUUUCAGUCUUUUCUUUUAUGUCUAAACGAUUGAACCACAGUUGUGCACAGACACCGGAGGCAUUUCAAAAAGGUACACUUGAUUGCUUGUCUAAACUGAUGAAUCUGGAAUCUGGAGAAAGAGGAAAAAUAACUGAAUCCUGCUGUUUAAACAUAGCAAAGGACAUAUCAUGUUGAAGAACUCUGUUCUACAGCUUUGUACACUGUUACUAAAAAACGCUAUUAAAUUAAUAAUGCAGUGAAUUGUAUUGUCGGUGCAUUUCAAACCCAAA